GCGUAGAUCCUAAGUCUGCAAUCAAGAAAAGUUGCUCUUAAUGUGCUGGUUCUUUUAGAACCAGGAUAAGGCUUUUACAUCUUUUAAACACCCACUUUUCUCCUAUCAGUCUUUGUUUUGAUUGAAGAGAAGGAAAAACAAAACAAACACCUUAUGCAGAAGAUAUAGAGCUAUUUUGAAGAGCUUCCUUUACAAAUGCUUCUCUUGGGACCCAGUCUCUCACAUAAAGUGGAUCUCUUGUCUGAACCAUCCUUCUCUGUGAAUAGUAUUUUGGACAGGAAAUACAGAGAGAGAACAUACGUGUACUUCGGAAGAGAAUAUGUUCUGACGAAAUGACUUGUUCAGAAGACUCCUUAAAGACAGCGAUAUAGGACAUGCUUUAUCUUAGAACAAAAGCAUGGUGACUUCUGAAUAUUACAUCACCAAAUGAGGAACCCACAAGCAAGACAUAAUUUUUACUUGGCGGCACCUGACUUGCUGGAUCCCAAAUCGGCCACUCAGAACUCCAAACCAAGAUUAUCAUUUUCCACCAAGCCUACUGUGCUCUCUUCACGGGAGGAAAGUGAUUCGGCUAUUAAUGUUAUGAAAUGGAAGACAGUCUCAACAAUUUUUCUGGUGGUAGUCGUGUAUCUAAUCAUUGGAGCAACAGUAUUUAAAGCCCUGGAGCAGCCCCAUGAGACCUCCCAGAGAGCCACCAUUGUGAUUCAGAAGCAGACGUUUGUAUCUCAGCAUUCCUGUGUGAAUGCAACAGAGCUUGAUGAACUGAUUCAGCAAGUAGUGGCAGCAAUAAAUGCAGGAAUCAUACCUUUAGGAAACACAUCUACUCAGAUCAGUCACUGGGACUUGGGAAGUUCCUUCUUCUUUGCUGGCACUGUUAUUACCACCAUAGGCUUUGGAAACAUCUCCCCACGCACACAAGGUGGAAAGAUAUUCUGUAUCAUCUAUGCCUUAUUGGGAAUUCCUCUGUUUGGUUUUCUGUUGGCUGGUGUUGGAGAUCAACUAGGGACGAUCUUCGGAAAAGGAAUUGCCAAAGUAGAAGAUACCUUUGUUAAAUGGAAUGUGAGUCAGACAAAGAUUCGCAUAAUUUCAACAAUAAUAUUCAUCCUGUUUGGCUGCGUGCUGUUUGUUGCUCUUCCUGCAGUUAUAUUCAAGCACAUAGAAGGCUGGAGCACACUAGAUGCAAUUUACUUUGUGGUUAUCACUUUAACUACCAUUGGAUUUGGUGACUAUGUUGCAGGGGGAUCAGAUAUUGAGUACCUAGAUUUUUAUAAGCCAGUGGUGUGGUUUUGGAUCCUUGUUGGGCUUGCUUACUUUGCAGCUGUCCUCAGCAUGAUUGGAGACUGGCUAAGAGUCAUAUCAAAAAAGACAAAGGAAGAGGUAGGGGAAUUCAGAGCCCAUGCUGCGGAGUGGACAGCCAAUGUCACCGCAGAGUUCAAAGAAACUCGAAGGCGCCUGAGCGUGGAGAUCUAUGACAAGUUCCAGCGGGCUACCUCUAUCAAAAGGAAGCUCUCUGCAGAACUCGCCGUCAACCACAAUCAAGACCUGACUCCCUGCAAGAGAACCCUAUCAGUCAACCAUCUCACCAGUGAGAAGGACAUCUUGCCAGCUCUAACAAAGACGGACAGCAUUUACAUGAAUGGUUUGACACCACACUGUGCAGCAGAAGAGAUAGCUGUUAUUGAAAACAUUAAGUAGCCAUGACUUCGGAUCCCAGUCCUUGAGAAGCUCUUGGCUUAGACUAGCCAUUUACCCUUUUUUCUCCACCCUGUCGAUGAUCAAUGCUAAUAGCAUUUUAUAUGUGUGCAUGAGUUCCACAGAAACUGCAGUCCAGAGUUACCAUCGCAUCUCUUCAAAGACACAAAGAUGAAUGGCACUUCUGUUAUCGAAAGAUGCUGGAACAAGCAACGUCUUCUGCCUUUCUCUGCCCAGACUGUUUUUUCACUUCUCCUAAUGUGCCAUAUGGCCUCAAGAAUGAAUCACACUUGUUUAUGGUAACAAUGUAGCUUUGAGGGAUCAGUCCUUAAAAUUUCAGGGUCUACCUUACUGAGCCUAGGAAUGGACCAUUUCUGGACUACAACUCACUUGUAAAUGGCAAGAAAUUCUUAUGCAGCCUUUUACCUAAGAAAUUUUUGUCAGUGCCUUAUCUUUUGAAGAACCAGAACCUCUACAGUUCCUGUAUGGCUUUUUGUUUGUUUGGUUUUUUCGCAUGAGAAGUGUAUUUCAUUUGAGCUUUCAUUCUUCCUGAAAUGAUGGUGUUUCCAAGGUGUCUGUCGUGAAGAUACCAACCAGCAUGAAUGAAUGCCAAAACUCAACAAUCGUCAAAUGAUGUUCUUAGCUCUAAAUUUAAAGGCACUGCAGUUUCAACAGUUGCAAACAUAUCCCCCAGAAGCAUUUUGUUUUACUCAGGUCCAGCUGAUGCUUGUUCGCACUGACUUGUAGAAUUUGCAGACCAUCUUCGGGUCUUAUUUUUUCAAGCAGUGGUCAGCAGUUGUUUUUUUCCUCUCUGUCAGAUGUACCAAAAAAUCUGCAGCUUAUCUAUCAGUAAAUUAUUUGGUAGAUGACAAGAGCAAAUAAAAAUUACUAUUUUGAGGAGAGGCAGGAGAGGCUUUUAAUUGCUGUGUUCUAAUAACCACACCCAGAAAACAAUGCAGAAAAAUACAGCGGUUUUUAAUAAGCGUAAACCUUCUGCCAGCUAUUUGCUCUAUGAAAAGGAUUCUUAACUUCCUUCCUCUUUUAAGUCAAGUCACACCAGAUGCCAUAUGAUAUCUUACCCAGGAAUCCUGCUGGAGAGCUUUCCUGAAUGUCACAGCGUGCGGCGGCUGCCUGUGCCGGAGCUGUGACUAACGUGGGAACGCAAUUGAAACUGGUAUCACUGUGACUUUCUACAUUUCAAGGAGAGAUGGCUCUGAAUAUAAGUGCAGGCAUGAAGAAGAGCUGAUAAAUAGCACAAUCUGAAUACCGAUGAUUGUUCAGACAGGAUAGGCUGACAAGAAGCAGAUCUAAACCAGACUAUGGGUUUUCUUUAUUGGUUUUAAGAAAACACAUUAACUUUAAUUUUGUAUCUUCUGUUUUGCUUAUAGAUGUACAUGAGAUUCAGAAGAAAUGCAGGAUGGAAUGGAUAAUUUUGCAUUUUUUUCUUAUGUUAGUCUAUUGUAACCUGGCUGUACAUAAAAUGAGUAGAACAGGCCUUAAAGAAUAAUUUAGGCUCUGUGUAAAUUAAAAAAGAAUGGGACUUUGCUGAUUGGGCAUGAUUCAAGUGGCAAAUCUUAACAGCAUCUCUGACCAUUAGAUAACAUGCAAGAUAUGAAUGUUAAUGUUUUUUGGAUGCUUAGCUUGUUUUCUAAUAAAUAUAAGUUAAUAUGUAAAUUCAGUCAGUUCAGUGUAAAUAUCAGUCAAUUAACAUUUACAGAGAGUACGCUUUUAAAACUAAGGAAGUUCCAUGACACAGCACUGAGCAAUGCUCUUAUAACAAAGACCCUUGUCUCCCCAGCACAGUGUUCUGAAUGUCCACAUGGCGAGGGUUCGUCUUGCCAUGUAUAAACUGUGAAUUGUAAUGAAAAAUAAAGUUUUUAAUUAAAAUAAGCUUUUCUGAAUCUCCUGCUUGCUACAACUGGAAUGUUAAGAAACAAUUUGUGAAACAGAUUUUUGUGCUUUCAUUGGUUACAGAGUAUAGCAGUUCGCCACCUGCUUUAAUCUAAGCUGGUUUAGCAAUAAAGGCUUGACUCACCCGGCACAGAAAUUAAUUUUUUUUUUUUCCUUCAUAGUAAAAAUAAUGCUCUUUGGUUGCCAUACCUUAAGUUGUGUUUCUUGCUGUUUUGUUUCAAAAACUUGGCAGGCUGCACUUCCUCCUGUCAACGUGCUACAGAGCUGGUGGCAAUUGCUCCGUCUUGGCAGUGCGGGAGGCGCGGGGAGCUCUGCCCUGCUGCCCCCCCAGUUCUCCCCUGCUGGGGGGAACCUUCUGCAGAAGUGUGUGAGGAAGCAGCUCUAAGGGCAGUAGCCUUUCACACUAGAUCAGUCAUUUCUGCAGUGAAUAUUUUACAAUGGCCAUGGCCUCCUCGAUUCAGUCUUGGCCAAGGGGGCCCGCAGCUGUGUGGUGGUAAGUGAAGAGGACCGUUUGUUUUCCUACAUCUCUCCAAUCUGAUUUGUGUGGGAUGUGUCUCAGUGCCUUUUGGAGCUGCUUUUCAGAACGGGACUGGUAACGUUUAAUGAUUAUUGUCUUUGACACUCAGAGAUGUGAUACUUUAGGUUAAACCCGUGGAUCAUUCUAAAUAUCGCGUUUCCAUUUACCAACCUAUGGAAGUGAGCGUCUGUGGAGUUUCUUUCAUUUUAAAGAAACUUCUGGUCAUCUCAGGAUCUGCUGAAAAGAGUUCGAGAUCCUGUGACAAUGUUUGAGAGAUUAGGAUGGAUAUUCAGCAUUUAUGUACCUUUAUUUUGUAUAUGAUUUCUGGGGAAAGUACCCCUGUUAAUUUAUAUAUAAAAGAUAUUGUUUCUUUUUUCACGUUUGUAACAGAUCUAAGUGUUAUCCUACCUUAUCAAGAUAAAAUAGACUAUAUUUGCCUGUUUGGAACAAAGCAUUGACAAAUAAAAUCCUUUAUCUGUAAGUUUAAUAACUGAAGAAGAAGAAAAGAUGCAACAGUCCAGAUGGUAUAAGUAGGUAGAGUUAUCACGAUCCAAAUGUGUCCAGUACCAUUAAUGUUAUUGGAAAAUCUCCCUCUCCACAUACAGUGAUAGAUCACAUAUGCUGUGGAUGGCUAAGAACAUUUAUAAAACUUGAUGAACUCUGUAAAGUUUUUUCUUUUUAUUCCUGUAAGAGCAGACUUUUGUACUAAAAACCCGUGUCUUUCUUGCCUCUGGAAAUCUUGCAUAGCUCACUUUUCCAUUACAAAUGUGGAGCUGCAAAAGCAUGAAUUGGGACUUAAUUAAAUUCUAUUUGUAACCGUCUUCCUCUCUCUCACACACAGAGACAUUUCCAGACCGUUAGGAUACUUGCUACUUAAGCAAGUUUGGGAAAACGGCAUUUCAGUUUGAUAGAGGGUUGUUUUCUCUUACACUGCAAAUCGGAUACCAUAAAAAAAAGACAUUGGCAAAACACUUUGGAUGAGAGACAAGUUCUAGCAUAUAAGAAUCUGUACAGGCACAUGUGCCACCUAACAAAAUAAUUUAUUUCUCAAUGUUAGAGGAAAUGAAGCAUUAAUAAAAACAAUCUGAAAUCUGUUUGAGAAGUAGCUUGAAAUAAUCUGUAUUGUUUACUGUUUUCUGUGAUAAUCCUGCCUCUUUUUGCAUUCUUUCAUGUACUACAUCUGGUAAAGUGUUGGUCAAAGCCUUGAUUUUUGGGUAGCUGUACAUGAGAGGCAGGGAGAUUGCGUCACAGAGAAUUUGUUCCAUGCCCUGUUCUUACUUAAGCACCAGUGGAAGAGCUUACUAUGGCAUGCCCUCCACGUUUUGUAGCGCCUGUCCACCUGGCUCCAGCCUGGCUCCCUGUCCACCUUUUCCCAAUAUUUAGGCAGCCUUGAGGUGCUACUGUCUGAGCUGCCAAUGGCCUGGAAGGGUCAAACCCAGAAGCUCGCUGAAUCUCAUGAACGUCCUAGCUGUGCCUUCCUCUCUUCACCUCUUCCUGAAUUUUUUUUUUUUUGAUACAAGAAGGCGGCUGAAGAGUAACAUAGGAACCCACGGAAGUGCUAAACCUCUAAAGGGACCACCCUUGAACUGGAAUGGACCUUCCUGAGGUUACUAAGCAAACCCAUAAGACCAGGAUGGCAGAUGGGAGAAAAUCUGGUCUGUAUGUUUGUUUUGAAUUCUUGCUCCUCCAGCAUUAUUUCUACACCAAUGAUCUCCAAAUAGGAAUACAACAUGCCUCGUGGAAGAAGAAAUGGAAGGCUGCUCUACGUAAAGUGAAUCCUACAUGCUUAUUGCAAGUCUAUAUAUGUAUACAAUUCUAUUUCCUGGUAAGAAAAUUCUCCUGUGAGGGAAACUACAUAUAUUGUUGAAAUACAGCGGUAAUGUUUCUAAUAAAUUGCUGUCAUACAGUUAUGUGGUAAUUACCUUUUCUUUCCUACCUUGCAGUACUGUUUGAAAGAAAGGGAUUUUAUAUAUUAAGAAAAAUAAAUAUUUUACAUUAAUUUGUCAGAGUUAAAGUAAUUAUUUUGUCAUAGAAACAUGAGUAA